AUGGAACCGUCGAGCCCACAAGGCACCACCACUCUUGACAAUGCACCUGAAUCCAACAACACUCUUGUGAUCUGUGACCAGAAUCAUGUCCAAGACAACAUGACCGAAGAAAUUCCCAAGUUGAAUACCAUCCUAAAUUCCAACUUGAGUGUUCAUGACUCGAUUGAUCCGCCACCACACACCCAACAAGAUUCAUCAGCAUUAGGAGUGAAUAACAAUCCUUCCAAUCCAUUGUUCAAUGAUGAUCAACUGUCGAGAUUUUCCAAAUUGAAACAAGUAUACACUUCCUCUCGAUCGCUUUGGUUGAUUCAUUCAAUUUCACUGUUCUAUGUUUUGUAUAGUUGCAUGACAGUAUAUCUUUCAUUGAACCAAAUUUAUAAUGUUUCUGCCAAUUAUCAACAUGAAUGGGUAAAAACCAAUGAUUUUCCUUCGAAAAUUGUUGGAGAAGGAAUUUAUACCUCGGUCAAGAAUUUUAAUCAACCAAAACUGGAAAUUUCUGAACCUUGA